CUUCUGAGCAAGAGACUUCCUCCAAUGUGCCGCGCGCUGCGUUUUAACCAAUCGCAGCCCGUCAAGAAAAGAAACUACGAUUCCCAUGAUGCCGGAGAGACGCUCGACGUACAGUUCCCGCCAAUGGGAGCGCUCACAGAAAAUUUAAACCUGACCGCUGACAAAGUGAGCUGGAUCGUAACUAGUUGAAGCAAGUACGAGAAAAGAGGGAGACUUUAAACUUUGUUUCGAGACUGAUACGUUAUACCACGUACGUGGCAUUUAGUACAAUGGAUCUGGUCACUUACGAGGAAACUAAGAUGUACUUUUAUGAGAACAGGCUGAAGACGUAUUCGGGGUGGCCGUUCGAGGAUGGCUGCGCUUGUACUUCGGAAAACAUGGCCAGGGCCGGGUUCAUCCACACGCCGUCGGAGAACAGCCCCGACACGGCACAGUGCUUCUUCUGCCUCAAGGAGCUGGAGGGCUGGGAACCGGAGGACGAUCCUGUGAAGGAGCACAAAGCCCAUUCACCAGCCUGCAGUUUCAUCACGCUGAAGAAGUCUGUGAACGAGCUCACAGUCGAGGAGGUCAUCAGACUGCAGAAAGAGAGGGAGAAGUUUCUCAUCAAAAAGAAGUGCAAUCACAUCAUCGAGAAAUUCGAGGAUGCAGCCAAAUCGCGGAGGGCCGAGUUGGUUAAAACGGCCAUGGACAAGGACUGAUGGACUGCGGGUUCUGUGUCGGUUCUGUGCGGACUCCAAUCCUCAGUGAUCCUCCUGAAAUUUUUAAUUUGCCGUCUUUCAUAUUUGUGAGGUUUUUUUUUUUAUUAUUCUGAAGACCGCCUCAUCCAUUACCUGAAAUAUGUACGCUUACUUUCAUGCCUCGCUAGGCGGACAGAUGUUUUUGUUGCUGCUCAGGCAUUACAAGAAGAACAUUUUUCUCUGUCUUCAAAUUCCACCUCCUUAACUGCUGUUGUGCUUGAUUAUUGUGUGACGCUAACUAGUUAUGCAACCGUAGUGACAUAUGGCUGUUUUUCACUCGUGGCCCCACAGAAAGGGGGUUAUUCUCCAGCCUGUCUGUUGUUGUCAUUGAUUACGGCUCAUGUCUGUCGCUUUCAUUUCCGCUGUUUAUCUGUUUAGUUUUCCAAAACUCCUGUGAUGAUUUCACUUCAGCAAAUGCUAGCAAGAUCUGGGAUCUGUCCUAACCUUUUUUUUUUUAUAUAAAUAUACAUUUUUCUGUUUUUGAAAUUCUGUAAAUAAAUUUGCGUGCAUUUGGUGACCUUU